CCGAGGCACAUCCAUCACCCCGGAAUUCAGAUUGAUAGGGGCGAGAUGGAGCACGCGGGGUGACAGCUCCACAGCGGCAACCCUUAUAAGCCAGGGGCUUCCAUAAACAGAAGUAUUCAGUUCAGAACUUCAGAGAGGCUGCAUGUUGUUGAAUGACAUUGUGAGACGGGUUGAAACGGCGUUAUCUGGUGUUACACUUCACCAACUACCUGGAUUUAUGCGGGCAUAUAAGAACCGAGACCCGACCCAACGUUUAUUAUACGUGACGUCUAAACCCCCCUUAGGUUCUUCACCUAACUUCCAAACUCAGCGAUGUCUCAACGACAGACAAAACCGCAGAAACAGGCGGCCGCCUUCCUCCAACUCACCGGCGAGGAACGUGUCCGGAAGCUGAUCAGCCAGUUCGCCGAGGAUGCCGCCCGUCCCGUCUCCAAAGAGAAUGAACCCGAAUGGACACAGCGGCUCUUCCCCUUCCUGGCCCUGCACACCGUCUCGUCCGAUCCCGCCCGGCCCUCAGUAACCUUCAGCUUCACGGUACAGCCGCAGCACUGCAACCGCCUGAACAGCCUCCACGGCGGCUGCACAGCUUCCCUUUUCGACUUCUGCACCUCGACCCCGCUAGCCCUAGUCUCCCGCCCAGGCUACUGGUCCUAUCUGGGCGUCAGCCGGACGCUGAACACGACCUAUCUGCGCCCAGCGCCGGUGGGCACGACUGUGUUGAUCGAAUGCGAGAUCGUGCAGAUAGGCCAGCGGUUGUGCGCACUCCGCGGCGUGAUGCGGCGGGCGACUGACGGUGUGGUGCUGGCGACCUGUGAGCACGGCAAGGUCAAUACCGAUCCUGCUGCUGCUAGCAAGGUUUGAUAUUGCAUGAAAGUUGGGUGGGAGGAUGGGGAGGGGCGGCGUGAUGUUGCAGGGGUUGCAGGACUGAAGGUCUCCCAAGGCGUGUAUAUAGGUACCGUACCCAUAGACGAUAGAUGGAUGGGAUCUGAUGGCUGGUUGAUUUUUAGUUGGGUUUGCUGGGUUGUCGCCAUGUAAGUCGUGCGGUAUUACAUGCCCCUGAGAUUCUAAACAACGGUUUAUAGUAGCGGCUGGGUGCGGUAUCACCUGAGCGAUACUAGUAGCAGACACGAUUAAGCAGA